CCGCGUGCACAUGUCAUUUGUUUUUGUAAUCAAAGCAUACAGAGUGUAACAAAAAUAAUAAUAUAGAAAUGGGAGGCCAGGGCAAAAUGAUAAAUCGCAAACGGAAAUUCGUGGGCCGCAAGGCUGACGAUCCCGAAUUCGAUUUGGACAAGAAGCACUUCAAGGUGCUGCACGUGAAUGCGAGCGAAAAACGCCUGAUAAUUGUGCUAGAAGGCGCGCAACUGGAGACGGUGAAGGUGCACAACACAUUCGAGCUGCUCAACUGCGAUGACCAUGCGGGCAUCAUGCGCAAAAAUCAAAGAGACCCGGGCACCUGCCGCCCCGACAUCACCCACCAAUGCCUGCUGAUGCUGUUCGACUCGCCGCUGAAUCGCGCCGGCUUGCUGCAGGUGUUCGUCCGCACCGAGCACAAUGUACUUAUUGAGAUCAAUCCACAGACACGCAUACCGCGCACGUUUAAACGCUUUGCUGGCCUUAUGGUGCAGUUGCUGCAUAAAUUUCAAAUACGGGCCAACGAUACGUCGCGCCGUUUGAUGAGCGUCAUCAAGAAUCCGAUCACAGACCAUUUGCCCGUUGGCUGCAAGAAGUAUGCGAUGUCCUUCUCUGGCAAACUGGUUUCCAAUUGCCGUGAAUUGGUGCCACAUGGCGCGGAGGGCAGCACAGCGUACGACGAGCCUGUUGUCAUGGUCAUUGGCGCCUUUGCACACGGCGUGCUCAACACCGACUACACCGAGGAGCUCUUCUCCAUUAGCAACUAUCCUUUAUCGGCGGCCAUUGCCUGCUCCAAGCUCUGCACCGCCUUCGAAGAGGUAUGGGGCGUGGUUUAGUCUCUAGUCCAGCCGACCUAUUAAUCUAAGCGUAUUUAGUAUAUUUGAAUAGAUAAUACAAAC